UCGCGCUUGGCGCCCUUUUCAAUGCCGAAGGACAGGGAGUCGCGGGCGUCACGGCGCUUGGCAAUCUUGGAUGACAUCACGGCCUCGCACGGUUGCCGUUGGUCGCGAACUCGUCGAAGAUACCGGCUAGUCGCGCACGGAAGUGGUGAAUCACCGCGACGCCUCAGGCUGGUCUCGAGCCAACGGCAGUUGUACGGCGUCCUGUCAGAUUCGCACCCGUCGCCCUUCGUCGCACGCGACACCCCCACGAUGGCUAAUCACGACGAGGACAGGAGCGAGGGCUCCGCCGAGAUGGCGGCCGAAAAUGAGGGAGAGGAGUCCGAGGAACCUGACAAGAUAUUAAUUAUAGAUCCCGAUAGCGAGGAGUUAGACUUCAAUCACUCGAGAUUAACGAAGCUGGAGAAUUUGGAGCCGCUGACGCAAAUACGAAGAUUAUGCUUCACGUGGAAUCUGAUUAAGAAGAUAGAAAAUCUCGAUAUGCUUACUAGUUUGGUAGAACUGGAAUUGAGGGAUAAUCAAAUUACAACCAUAGAAAAUCUGGAUGCUCUCGUGAAUUUAAAAUUCCUAGAUCUGUCGUUCAAUCGCAUUAAGAAGAUAGAAGGGUUGGAUAAUUUAUUGAAUCUGCAGAGAUUAUUUAUAUCGUCAAAUAAAAUUUUGAAAAUCGGGAACGUGUCGCAUCUGGUGAAUCUUACGACGCUGGAACUGGGCGAUAACAAGAUACGCGAAAUUGAGAAUCUGGAUGGUCUCGAGAAGCUGACCCAUUUGUAUCUUGGUAAGAAUAAAAUUACCAAAAUUCAAAAUCUGGAAAGCCUGAAGAACCUCACGCUGCUAAGUCUGCAAAGCAAUCGACUUACGAAGAUCGAGAACAUUGAAGAACUAAGGAAAUUGAAUGAAUUGUACUUAUCCGAAAAUGGUAUCACGUGCAUAGAGGGUAUAGAGAAUUGUCCGGAGUUAACGACGUUGGAUCUAGCCAACAACAAAAUUAAAAAGAUUCAGAAUGUAGAUCAUCUCGAGAGUCUCGAAGAAUUCUGGAUGAAUAAUAAUGAAAUUGAAGACUGGAACACGCUGGAGAGUUUAACGGCCAACAAGAAGCUGCAGACCGUGUAUCUGGAGCAGAAUCCCAUUAUGAAGGAUCCAAACUACAGACGGAAAAUCAUGCUGCUGCUGCCGUGGCUCGAGCAGCUGGAUGCGACUCUUUGUAAGAGAAAAACCGGCCAACAGUGGAGGGAAUAACAAUAAGUAAAAUGCAAAUAGGAAGUACGACUAAAGAAAUUAGCGUGAAUUGUUUAUGAAGGAUCCAUGUGAUGGACUCGCAUUGUUGUUACUUUCUUUUGUUGUACCCGAUAUGAGCAUUGCGUAGAGAAACUUGGCCACAAGAGAUUAAUAACGGUGCUUCUACCGAAGACGCGCUUGAUACUAGACUAUUAUGAAGCCGCUACUCGAUGUUGAAGUCCGUCUCGUAACUUGCUCCUUUUUACUGGAAAGGAAAUGCGAGUGAUGGUCGAGCGAAUGUAUCAGUAUGAUAAACCGAAACAACUUUUUAUUUCGAACAUAUUUUAAUAUAUUCUUCUUCCUACACUAAUCGUAUAUUAUAUCGUACUAUUAUACCACACAUUUCUGUAAAACUAUAUAUCUGCACGUAUCUAUUAAUUAUGUUAAGAAGUUAAUAGGUAUGAACUUUAAAGAUUCCAAUUAUUUCUAAGAUAUAUUUCCACCGAAAGUAACUUCCUUACAAUUUAUUUUUAAUGUUUGUGGUAUUGUUACAAAAAAUAACAUGUAUACCUAUAUUUUAUAGCGGCGCAAGGCAGCUUUUUAUAAUCCAAUUUGUUGACCCGUCUUGAUAAUGAUUAUUGUUACAAUAUAAUGUAAUAACGUAUACAAAGUAUACUAAGCUUACAUAAAUAAAUCAUUAUUAAAUGUCUCGUA